UGGGGUUACGGUAACAUUUGGCGGUUAACUUUUAAAUGCUUGGUGGUUAAGUAAAUUUUCUUAAUAGGAUUUUAUUUUUUAUUAUUAUUAAAAAGAGUUUGCAUUGUGAACAGGUUACCAUUUUUCUUGAGGAACUUAUUUUUAUGCAUCUUUCACCGAGUAUAAUUCAAUUGUAAAGCAUGCAAUGAUCAUGGAGAACUUUAGACUUUUAUAAUGAAUUUGGAAAGUUAGGAGUUCACGUGUUUGACUGUGGCACCAUUGCAUUUGUUGAAACAUUACUCUUUGAAUCCAUGGUCGUGGUUGGAAGGGGGAUAUGUCGCUUAAGUCUAGUGGCCUAAAAUAGAUGGGUAUUUGUUUCAUUUGCUAAUACCUUUUUUCAUUGAGGCUAUCAUUGUUUGAGUAAGAUGAGAAUAAGGAGGUGGAAAUUUUGAAAUGAAAAUCACUUCUUGCUUGCCUGUUCAAAAAAAAUAAGGGAAAGCUGAAAAAUGGAGUGCAACUUACGACAAAUUCUGGCCUCUCCUAUAGAAAGAAAUUCCCUCUUAUCCAUCCAGUUCAUCAUGUCAAGUUUGGAGGAGCCACUUGGCCUUGACAAGUUGCCUAGCAUGAGUACCAUAGAUAGAAUCCAGAGGUUCUCGUCUGGUGCUUGCCGUCCUACAGUAGAUAAUUUGGGCAUGGGAUGCUGCUGGAUUGAUGGAAGAAGUUGCAGUACAUCAAACAGCUGCGAUGAAGAUGAUGAAGAGUAUACAGCAGAGACAUUCCCGUGGAAAAGGCAAACGAGGGACAUGUCUCGAGGUGGCUCUUUCAGUCAAAAGGCUGCGACCUUUGGGAGGAACUCGAUGAAAUUUGGAAUGAUUGAUAAUUCAUUUGGCACAUCAGAUCACCAUUAUAGUGCAAAGAGCAAUAACAAAAACAUACAGGAUGUGGCAUAUAAGUUUAUGAAAGGUAUACCAAAAUUUGUAAAGAUAGUUGAAGUUGGUCCAAGGGAUGGAUUACAAAAUGAGAAGAACAUUGUGCCAACAGCUGUAAAGAUUGAAUUGAUUCAUAGAUUAGCAUCGUCAGGGUUAUGUGUCAUUGAGGCCACUAGUUUUGUAUCUCCCAAAUGGGUCCCACAGUUGGCAGAUGCAAAGGAUGUAAUGCAAGCAGUUCAUAACCUGGGAGGCAUCAGAUUGCCAGUUCUGACUCCUAAUUUAAAGGGUUUUGAAGCUGCUAUUGCAGCUGGGGCUCGAGAAGUAGCUGUUUUUGCAUCAGCUUCUGAAUCAUUCUCAAAAUCAAACAUUAAUUGUAGUAUUGAAGAGAGCCUUGCUCGCUAUCGUGCUGUUACCCGUGCUGCUAAAGAGCUCUCAAUUCCUGUUCGAGGGUAUGUAUCAUGUGUUGUUGGAUGCCCAGAGGAGGGGCCAAUUCCUCCAUCAAAAGUGGCAUAUGUAGCUAAAGAACUAUAUGAUAUGGGUUGCUUUGAAAUCUCCCUCGGGGACACAAUUGGAGUUGGGACACCAGGAACUGUAGUUCCCAUGCUUCUGGCUGUAAUGGCUGUUGUACCAGUAGAGAAACUUGCUGUCCACUUCCAUGACACUUAUGGGCAAUCACUUUCAAAUAUUCUUGUGUCCCUCCAAAUGGGAAUUAGUGCAGUGGAUUCUUCAGUUGCCGGUCUAGGUGGCUGUCCAUAUGCUAAGGGAGCUUCAGGAAAUGUAGCUACUGAAGAUGUUGUGUACAUGCUGAAUGGACUUGGUGUGAAAACCAAUGUUGAUCUUGGAAAGCUCAUGUUAACUGGGGACUUCAUCAGCAAGCAUUUGGGGCGCCCAUCUGGCUCGAAGACUGCCAUUGCAUUUACCCGAGUCACAGCUGAUGCUUCCAAGAUAUGAUAACAUUGUACCAUACAAAAUUAUAUUUAGAUGCUUCAUGCAAUGCCAGGAAAUUAUAUGUUUCAUCUUUUUAUCCCCCUAUAAUUAUAAAAGAGGAAUAAAAUGCCCACUCACGUGAUAGUUGGGAAGGAAGAAGUAACGCAUGUAAUCUGCCAAUAGUAAGUGCAAGCUUUUCAUUUGAGUGUAAGCUUGCAAUUUUUAUCUAAAAUUGUUUAUUUUCCUGUCUCACAUCAUGCGUUCAUUGUGUAUGGUGUUUAGUUAUACUAUGUAUGACCCUAUUAGAAUUCUGAAAAGAUCAAAGAAAACAAGAUAACCAAAAUUAU